AUGGCGGACCACCACCACCACCACCACGUGCGCUCCGACGCGCGCCACAUGUACGUCUUCGCCCGCAUGAAGGACUUCUUCGCCUGCGGGGACGUCGAGGUGAUGGACCGCCUCACGCAGCAGCUCGACAAGAACUUCGUCGACGGCUCGCCGAACUUCAUGGUGGUGCACGAGAUGCUGGAGGGCCGCGGCGCCAGCACGCUCCUCUUCACCUACCAGCCCGACCCGGGUGACGCGGAGGGCACGGGGGACGUCCUCGCGGUGCUUAACCCGGUGAAGGACAAGAUUCCGUGCCUCGUCAAGCGCUGCGUGUACGUCCUCCGCCCGGACGACGGCAGGGCGAUCAGCGCGAAGGACCCCGCGCAGGUGGUGCAGGAGGUCGCCAUGGGCUCCCUGGACGCCAACGUCCUGCAGAGCUACGAGCACCUCCUCAUGGAGGUCUACACGCCGCUCUUCAACAAGCUGGGGAAGUGGGGCAAGAACUCCACGGCGGAGCGCAACCAGUUCAUCGUGCACCUCCUGCGCUACGCCGACCGUGUCUCGGAAUUGCAGCAACUGCAGGGGGAGAGCUACGAGCUGGAGCCGGUGGACGCGGAGACGUGGCGGCUGCUGCAGCGGGGUGGGGUGAAUAAGCGGGGUGGCAUCAAUGACCCGGUGCUCGUGCACAACCUCGCAACGACGGUGGAGGGGUGGAUUAAGGUCAUCCACAGAGUUGUGCAGCAGACGCCGAACUACGAAAACGAGCUGAACGAUGAGAAGGCGGGCCCGAAGACGGAGAUCUCCCUCUGGAAGAGUCGUCUGGCGAAGCUGCACCUCGUGGAGGAGCAGCUGCAGUUGGUUGAGGCUUCCCACGCCGUGCAGUACUUGCGGGAGGCGAAAAAUCCCCUGCUGCAGCGCUGGACGGAGGUGGACGUGGCACUCACCGACGCCUUAACGGAGGCCCGCGAGAACGUGAAGUACCUGCGUUCGCUAGACAACUAUCUUGAUGUAUUAUACUCCUCUGACAUCUCACAAAUUAUCAACGUCCUCCCAGCACUCAUUGCCAACAUCCGCAUGAUGUAUACCAUUGCCCGCUACUACUCCAAGCGGGAGUGUAUGACGGCCCUCUUCUUUAAGGUCACCAACGCGAUUGUGCUGUCGUGCAAGGCGGCCAUAAACCCGUCCGGGGUCCGCAGCCGCAUCUGGGAAAGUGGACAAAAUCCCGACAUGCUGAAGGAGCUUCUGCGGCAGCUGCAGCUGAGUGUGGAGUGCAACAAGGCGUACAACGAGGAGUACAAAAAGGCGCAGGAGUUGCUUGCCUGGAAGGGCGGAAAACAGUUUGACUUCGAUGAGCUGAAGUUCAUGGGGCACUUUAACCUCUUCACGAAGCGGGUGGACAAGCUCAUCAGCGUGUUCAGCACGGUGGAUCAGUUCAUGAAGCUCAAGACCUACAACAUUGAGCAGAUGGAGGGACUCAUCCCCCGCUUUGAGGAGUACCUGGGGCAUCUGCGCGGCAAGACGACCGACAUCCUCGACAUCCACGACAACAACAAGUUUGACGUGGAGUUUAAAAUCUUCGAGCACCGCAUCGCGGAGCUGGAGACCUCGAUGCAGGUGGCGAUCAACUCCUCCUUUGAAAACAUCACCUCCACCGACAACGCCCUGCAGCUGCUGGCAAAGUACCAGCACAUUCUCAAGAACGAGGCCUUCGCCGCGGACCUGGAGUCGAAGUACCUUGUCAUCUUCCACAGCUACGGCAUGGAGCUGGAGAACGAUCAGAAGACGUACGAGCGCUACAAGACCGACCCCCCCGUCGCACGCAACAUGACGCCGGUGGUGGGGGCCAUCAGCUGGGCGCGGCAGCUGCUGCGGCACAUCAAGUCACCCAUGGACAAGUUCAAGACGAACCGCACUAUCAUGGCGAACACAAAGGACAGUAAGAAAGUGAUUCGCACAUACAAUAAGGUGUCGGUGGCGCUGAUAGAGUUUGAGGCCAUCUGGGUGGAUGCGUGGAAGCGCUCCAUUGAGUCCAGUAAGGCGGGCCUCAACGCCACGCUGCUUGUGCGCCAUGAGGGCCGCCUGUUUGUGAACUUUGACGUGGAGAUCAUUCAACUAAUUAAGGAAACACGGGCGAUGAUGCUGCUUGGCGACAUCGACGUACCGGCGUCGGCGAAGAUGGUGCUGAUGCAGGAGCAGCGCCUCAAGACGUUCUACAAUGAGCUGACGUAUCUUGUGCAGGCGUACGAGCGGGUGGUGGGGCGCCCGGGCGGGGCACGCAGCAAGAUCGUGGGCAUCACCCGUGCCCUGCUGCAGCCGAACCUUGACGCCCUCGACGCCGUCUUCCUGCCCGGCGAGACCACCCUGACGUGGAUGUCGAUGAACGUCGACACGUACCUCGCGCGGGUGCAGAGCGCCAUUCAGGAGAUCGACAGCGUCGUGACGAAGGUGAACGACAUCAUCCACUACCGCAUCCAGGUGAACCUCAAGACCAUCUCCUCCACGCUGCUGGCGAACAUCUUCGAGGACCACUUCUCCCUCGACCAGUUCGUGCAGGUGCAGGAGAAGCACAUCCGGCAGCAGUGCGAGGUGAUGGACGUGAAGAACCGCGAGGUGGAGACCGCCGUGGGGGACGUCAUCGCGGCUAUUCUCAGCAGCCAGGGGAAGUCGUGCGACCUCGCCGCCCUCGACAGCGAGACCCGCGAGAAGGUGACGACGCUGAAGAGCCACUUCAACCGUCUCAUGUUCAAGGCCAUUCUCACCAGCACGACACGCUCGCUAAAUCUGCUAAAGAAACGUGUCGGGACACGCAACAACGUCUCCUUCCUCUUUGUGGAGCGGCCUUUCUUUGACGUGGACGUGCAGCUGAUCAACGCGGAGCCGUACGUGUGCCUCAACCCCUCGCUGGACGAGGUGCAGAAGGCGAUCAACCAGUGCGCCACGGCGGUGUUGUCCUGCAGCAAGUACAUGACACCGUGGUCCGACCUCGGCGACGACGCCCUCUCCUUCUUUGAGGAGAUUGCGAAGAACAAGGAGGUGGUGAAGGUGGUGCUGCUGCUCACCGGCGGCGUCCACGGCCUGAAGAAGCAGGUGAUGGAGUACCUCAACCACUUCCGCAAGUACGAACACCUCUGGAAGGACGACAAGGACGUCGUGUACGAGGCGUUUUGCGCCGGGCAGCCGACGCUGGAUGACUACGAGCGUGUCCUGCGCAGCUACGUGGCUCUGCAGGAAGAGAUUGAGGGGCUGACGCUGGUCUUCAACAUUGGCAGCCUUGCGCUGCAGAACAAUUCCCUCAAGGCCGAUCUGCUGCGGCGCGCCACGGAGUGGAAGGAUCUCUUCUCCCACAAACUGCAUGCGAAGGCACAGCUUGAGCUGGACGCACUGACGCAUAAGAUGGAUGAGGAGACGCAUCAGCUGUCGCAGCCCAUACCGGAUCAGGAGAAGUUGGAGGACCUGCGUGUCCUCAUGGAGACGCUGCAGGAGAUCCGUGAGCGCGAGUCCUUGGUGGAGUUCCAGUUCUACCCCGUCCAGCAGGCGUACGCGCUGCUGCAGAGGUUCAAUGUAAGCAUCUUCAAGGAGGAAAUUGACCGCGUGGAGGACAUUCGCUUCAAGUGGCGCAAGCUCCACGCGCAGGCGGAGCGCCGCUCCGACGAGAUCAAUCACAUGCAGUUUGGCUUUAAAAAGGGACUCACACAGGAGGUGCAGAAGUUUGGCGCCGAAGUCAUCUCCUUUCGCAACGACUACGAUGCCCAUGGACCGAUGGUAGAGGGGCUGAAGCCGCAGGAGGCGAUGGAGCGGCUUAAACGGUACCAGCGGCAGUUUGACGACAAGUACCGCAAGUGGAUGACGUUCAUGGCGGGUGAGGAGCUCUUUGGGCUGCCGGUGCACAAGUACCCGGAGCUGGUGAAGACGAAGAAGGAGUUGGAGCUUCUAGACAAGCUGUACACGCUGUACAUCAACGUGCUACAAAAGGUGGACGGCUACAACGAUGUGCUGUGGUGCGAGCUCGACUUCGACGCCAUCGCGGAGGAGGUGAGUGUGUUUGUGAAUCAGUGCAAGCGCCUGCCCAAGUCAUUGCGAGACUGGGACGCGUACGUCGAGCUCAAGAAGAUUCUCGACGACUUUAUGGAGCUGCAGCCUGUGAUUCAAGAGCUGAAGAACCCGGCGGUGGUGGAGCGGCACUGGCAGGAGAUCAUGCGGGUGACGGGGCAUAAGUGGCGAACGGAUCCGGAUUUGUUUAAGCUGCAAAACCUCGUGGAUGCGAACCUGCUGCGCGUCGUGGACGAGGUUAUUGACAUCGCGAGCUCCUCCGUGCGAGAGGCGGAGGUGGAGACGAAGUUCCGCGCGCAGGAGGCGCUGUGGAAGGACCAGGAACUGAAGUUUUCCGAGUUCAAGCACCGGGGCCCCAUCGUCCUCAAGGGCGACGACACCUCCACCAAGCGGGAGGCGCUGGACGAGUCCUCGCUUGCCAUCAACUCCAUGCUCUCCUCCCGCUACUGCGCCUUCAUGCGGGACACCAUACAAAGCUUCCUGCACAAGCUCGUUCGCGUGAGCGAGAUCAUCUCGCUCUGGGUGGAGGUGCAGUCGACGUGGCAGUACCUUGAGGCGGUGUUUGCGGGCGGCGACAUCAUGAAGCAGCUGCCGCAGGAGGCGAAGCGUUUUGCCAUGAUUGAUAAGGCCUGGCAGAAGAUUAUGAACAAGGCGAAUGAGAUGCCCAACGUGCUGGAGUUCUGCUACGAAAACGAGCUGCUGCAGAACCUGCCAAACUUGAAGGAGCAACUUGACGAGUGUCAGCGCAAGCUCUCGCUCUACCUGGAGCAGAAGCGGAACCUGUUCCCGCGCUUUUACUUUGUCUCCGACACGGUGCUGCUGGAGAUCCUCUCCCAGGCAAGCGACCCGCAGUCGAUUCAGCCGCACCUGGCGUCCAUCUUCGACGGGCUCUCCUCGGUGCGCUUUGAGCGCGUGAAGCCGAAGGAGGCGGGGGUGCAGCCCUACUUCCAAAUCGUCGAGAUGAUCUCCGGGGAGGGCGAGUCGCUUAUGAUGCGGGAGCCGACGCCGUGCGUCGGCAACGUCGAGGACUGGCUGAACCGCCUCUGCUCCGGCAUGACCGCCACGGUGCGGGAGGUGGUGAAGGCGAGCGUCACGGAGCUGGGGACGCUGCUGAGCAACACCAACUACCUCGGCACCAUCAUCGACCGCUACCCGGCGCAGGUCUCGCUGCUGAUGCUCCAGCUCUUCUGGACCGCGGAUGUGACGGAGUGCAUCUCCAAGGGCGUGAUGCGGGCGCGUGGGCGGGAGUCCGCCUCCUCCCGCGCCAAGUGCGACUCCGUCAAGAAUUACCUGGUGAACCUCACGACGUCGCCUGAUUUGGAGCGGCAGCCGCUGCGCAUGCGCACCAACGUGGAGACGCUCAUCACAAUUCAGGUGCAUCAGCAGGAGGUGUUUAUCGACCUUCAAAAGGCCGCCAUCAAGGAGCUCACGCACUUUGAUUGGCUCAAGCAGGCUCGCUUUUACUACAAACCAGAGCGUGACCUCACCAUUAUCUCCAUCGCCGACUCGGACACGGAGUACUGCAACGAAUACCUGGGCGUCAAGGAACGCCUCGUCAUUACACCUUUGACCGAUCGCUGCUACAUCACCUUGUCUCAGGCGCUCGCGAUGUACAUGGGUGGCGCACCCGCGGGACCAGCAGGUACGGGCAAGACGGAGACGACGAAGGAUCUCGCUCGCACGUACGGUAAGUUUUGCGUCGUGUUUAACUGCUCGGAUCAGCUGGAUCGUCAUGCGAUGGGGAAGAUCAUCCGUGGCCUGUCCCAGGCAAAUGCAUGGGGGUGCUUCGAUGAAUUCAACCGUAUUGACCUGCCUGUGCUGUCUGUCGUGGCACAGCAGGUGAGCUGCGUCCUGCAGGCGCUGAAGCAGCACAAGGACAGGUUUGUUUUUAUCGACGGCCAGGUGACGGACCUGAUGCCGGGUGUCGGCUUCUUCAUCACGAUGAACCCCGGUUACGCCGGACGACAGGAGUUGCCAGAGAAUCUCAAGAUUCUCUUCCGUGGUGUGACUAUGAUGAUUCCCGACCGCCAGACCAUUAUGAAGGUGAAACUUGCGUCGCAGGGGUACAGCCUGGAUGACCUCCUCAGCAAGAAGUUCUUUACGCUCUACAAACUCUGUGAGGAGCAGCUAUCCAAGCAGCGCCACUACGACUUUGGUCUUCGCAACAUUCUCUCUGUGCUGCGUACCGCCGGUGCGGUGCUGCGGCGCAACCCCGGCAAAGAUGAGGAGGACCUCUUCAUGCGCACCCUGCGUGACAUGAACCUCUCCAAACUGGUCUUCGAGGACAUUGAGCUCUUCGACUCCCUUCUGCGUGACAUGUUCCCCGGGCGCCAGUUCGUCAAGGGCACCCACCCCGAGCUUGAGGGGGAGCUCGCCAAUGUGAUUAAGGAGAAGGGGCUGCAGCAGUGGACGCCGUGGGUGAGCAAGGUGUUGCAGCUCUACGAGACCAAGCUGGUGCGCCACGGCAUCAUGGUCGUUGGCCCCGCCAUGUGCGGCAAGACGCAGUGCUACGAGGUGAUGACGGAGACGCUGAGCCGCACCACGGUGCCGCACCAGCAGCUUCGCAUGAACCCGAAGGCCAUUACGGCGCCGCAAAUGUUUGGUCGCAUUGACGUCUCAGGGGACUGGCACGAUGGCGUCUUCUCCUCCCUCUGGCGUACGGCUGUGCGUAGCGCGAAGAAGCGGAAUAUUUGGAUUAUAUGCGACGGCCCUGUGGAUGCUAUUUGGAUUGAGAACCUGAACACCGUGCUGGACGACAACAAGCUCUUGACCCUGGCGAACGGCGACCGCAUUCAAAUGACGGACACCAUGAAGUGCUGUUUCGAGGUGGAGAACUUGGCGAACGCCUCGCCCGCCACCGUGUCCCGCGCGGGUAUCAUUUACAUCUCCGACGUCAUUCUCGGGUGGAAGCCCGUGCUGGAGUCCAAGCUGCGCGCCACGGCAAGCGCGGACGGGGUCAUUUUGCCCUCCGACGUUCUCAUGCCGUGCAACCCGCUGCUGGCGGAGAAGCUGCUGGCCCUCUUCAUGCCGGCCGAGGGCGCCCCGCUGGAGAGCACGCUGACGAUGAAGGUGGCGGAGUUCUACGAGAAGGAGUGCGCCGUUGUGAUGAAGACGUCCGUGGCGCACCUUGUGAUGAACGUCUUUCACCUCGUCGUGGCGCUCGGCGAGGAGGUGGGCGACGGCGUGGCGGUGAGCAACGAGCUGGCGCUGCAGAUCUUCUGGUUCAGCGUCUCGUGGGCCUUUGGCGGCAUGCUGGAGUCGAAGGACCGCGUGAAGUUCGACCACUUUGUGCGCCAGAACUACGACGGGCUGCCGCCCUCGUCGGACGGCCUCGUGUUUGACUUCUCGCUGAACUGCAAGACCGGCCGUUGGGAGCACUGGACGAUGUUCCUCGAGAAGUGGAGGUACCCGGGCGACGACAAGCUGGACUUCGCGACGCUCUUCAUCCCCACCACGGACUCCGUGCGGCUGCACUUUUUGGCCAACUGCAACUACAUUCAGCGGCGGCCGACGCUGCUGAUGGGCGUGAGUGGGACAGCCAAGACCGUCACGAUGGAAAAGCUGCUGCUGAAGAUCAAGGCGGGGUCUGAGAUGUCAAACUUCCGCAAGCUGAACUUCUCCUCCAUGACGACGCCGCAGAACUUCUACAACGCGCUGGAUGACAUGACAGAGAAGCGAAUGGGGUCGACCUUUGGGCCAAAGAACUGCGAGACCCUCACCGUGUUCAUCGACGACAUCAACAUGCCGGAGGUCAAUGAGUGGGGAGACCAGAUCACAAACGAGAUUGUGCGGCAGGUGGUGGAGUCCAACAUGGUCUACGACCUGGGCCUCGCCGGGCGGCGCAAGGAGCUGCGCGGGCUGGUGUACAUGGCCGCCAUGUCACACCCCUCGGGCGGCAAAAACGACAUUCCAAAUCGACUGAAGCGACACUUCUCUGUGUUUAACGUGCCGCUGCCAGAGGAGAGCUCGGUGCAGCAGAUUUUUGGCGUCAUCUUUGAAAGCCGUUUCUGCAGCGAGAACUACUCUCGCGGGGUGCAGGACGUCGCGAAGAUGCUGACGCAGAUGUCCAUUGACUUCUGGCGCGCCAUUGCCAAACGCAUGCUGCCCACCCCGGACAAGUUUCACUACUUCUUUAACUUGCGCGACCUCUCACGCAUCACGCAGGGUGUCAUGAUGGCGGGCAUUUUUUACGACCCGGACCGCCCCGAGAAGCGCUCCACCAGCAAGCCGUGGGAAACGGUGACGGAUGCCGUGACGCUGGUGCGGAUUUGGAAGCAUGAGUGCUCCCGCGUCUUCAGCGACAAGCUGAACAGUGUGCCGGACAAGCAGUGGUUUGACGAGCACCUGCAGGAGUGCGUGGUGCAGCACCUGUCGUCGACGCCGUACAAGGAUGUCAUUGCCCAGGUCCGGGACCCCAUCUACAUGGCCAACUACCUGCGCGACCCCAUCAUUGACCCCGAGACGGGUGAGGUGGCGGAGGCGGCCCCGCGUAUCUACGAGCCCGCCCCGUCCAUUGAUGUGCUGCAAGACCGGCUGCUGCGCUCCAUGCGGGCCCACGAUGAGCAGAGCCGUGCGAAACGGUUGAAGCUGGUGCUGUUUGAGGCUGCCGUGAAGAAUGUGUCGCGUAUUUCGCGUGUGCUCUCCAUGCCGCGCGGUAAUUUGUUGCUGGUGGGUGUUGGCGGCAGCGGCAAGCAGUCCCUCACCAGUCUCGCGGCGUACGUGAACAACCAGGACUACGCCACUCUGGUGCUUUCCAAGGGCUUCGGUGUGAAUCAGCUGUUUGACGCCAUUCGCGAGCAGUACAUUGUCGCCGCCACCAAGCGCCCCGUCACGAUGCUCUUCACCGACAACGACAUCAAGCAAGAGAUUUUCCUCGAGUACAUCAACUCGUUUCUGUCGAAUGGUGAGAUUGCGGGUCUCUUUGCCUCUGACCAGCGGGACUCCGCCAUCAACGACAUCCGCCCCGUCAUGAAGAAGGACCCGUUUGUGAAGUUUGACGACAUGAACGAGGUGCUGUGGAAUUACUUCAUCAACCGGGUGCGGGAGCGGCUGCACUUCGUCCUCUGCUUCUCGCCCGUCGGUGACAAGUUCCGCACGCGUGCCCGCAAGUUUCCGGCCCUCGUCUCCACCUGCAUCAUCAACUGGUUCUUCCCCUGGCCGAAGCAGGCCCUGCUCGACGUCUCCUCCCGCACGAUCCAGUCCUUUGAGAUGGCCACCGACGAGAAGCACAAGAAGUCGCUGGUGGAGCUGAUGGCGGAUAUUCACUCCCUCAUGCUGGAGAAGUCCGAGGAGUACCUCACGCGCUACCGCCGCUCCGUCUACAGCACCCCGAAGUCGUACCUCGGCUUCAUCGACUCCUACACCAGCGUGUACAAGAAGAAGUUUGACGAGCUCAACGAGGACGCCAGCAAGAUCAACAAGGGUCUGCAGAAGCUCCACCAGGCCGGCGAGGACGUGCGGGUGAUGCGAACCCAGCUGCAGGAGAAGGAGGUGCUGCUGCAGAACAAGCGCAAGGAGACGGAUGCGCUGGUGCGGGAGAUUGAGAUACGCACCGCGGAGGCCGAGAAGAAGCGGAUGGAGGUGGAGGUUGUGAAGGAGACGGUUGCGCGCGACGCCGCCAUUGUGGCGGAGGGCGAGGCGGAGGCAAAGAAGGAUCUCGAGGCGGCUGAGCCGGCCCUGCUGGAGGCCAUUGAGUCGCUCAACUCCAUCACGGCGAACGACUUCACCACACUGAAGAAGCUGGCCAACCCACCGGCGCUUAUUAGGCGCAUUUUUGACGCCGUCUCGGUGCUGCUGCACCGUCCGCUGCUGCCGCCGGGGGCGGAGGAGGUGAAGGGGGCGCUGUGGAUCACCGACUCCUGGGAAUUCAGCGGCCGCCAGCUCGCCUCGGACUCCGGGACCCUCGACACCCUUCGCUCCUUCGGCGAGAACCAGAAGGACUACAUCAACGAGGAGACGUGCGAGCUGCUGCUGCCGUACCUCUGGAUGGAGGACUUCACGCAGGAGCGGGCCCGCAAGGCCUCCGGCAACAUUGCCGGGCUCUGUACCUGGGUGCGGAGCAUGUACAAGUACAUCAACAUCGCGAAGAUCGUGGCGCCGAAGCGGGAGAAGCUGCGCAUUGCGACCAUCAAGCUGCGGGUGGCAAACAAAAAGAAGGAGGAGCAGGAGGAGGAACUCGCGCGGGUGACGGCCGAGGUGGAGCGCUACAACCAGCAGUUUGCAGAGGAGAACGCGAAGAAGCAGGCACUCGAGGACGACGCCGCCCGCACGAAGCAGCGCAUGGACAGUGCGAACGGCCUCAUUGACGCCCUCUCCGGCGAGCGCGAGCGGUGGACGCGGCAGAGCAACGAAUUCAAGUCGCUCAUUGAGCGCCUCAUCGGCGACGUCGCGCUGAGCUGCGCCUUCAUCUCCUACUGUGGCCCCUUCAACUCCGAGUUCCGCCACCAGCUGCUCUACAAGAACUUCUACGUGAAGUGCAGGGAAUUGAAGAUCCCGGUGACCUCCGACAUCAACGUGGUGAAGUUCCUCGUCGACGAGACGACAAUCGCCGACUGGCAGCUGGAGGGGCUGCCCGCGGACGACCACUCCGUGCAGAACGCAAUCAUGAUCACCACGAGCGCGAAGUUCCCGUUGAUGAUUGACCCGCAGGGGCAGGCGCUGAAUUGGAUCCGCCGCCGCACCGAGGGCCAGGAGAGCAAGCUGUGCCAGCUCAACGACCGCACCUUCACCAUGCACCUGCAGGAGCAGCUUGACGCGGGUCGCCCCCUCCUCAUCGAGAACGUGCCAGAGGAGAUUGACCCCAUGAUUGACCCCGUGCUGGAGAAGCAGGUGGUGCGCAGCGGCAAGUCAAAGAUUAUCCGCAUCAACGGCGAGGAAAUGGGCUACAACGAGAACUUUAGGAUGUUCCUCACCACCAAGCUGCCGAACCCCAGCUUCACCCCGGAGAUGUUUGCCAAGAGCCUGGUGAUCGACUUCACCGUGACGAUGGAGGGACUCGAGCAGCAGCUGCUCUCGCACGUCAUUGGCCGCGAGAAAGCGGAGCUGAACGAGGAGAGCGCAAAGCUCUCGGAGGACAUCAACAGUAACGAAAAACGUCGCAAGAACCUGGAAGAUCGCCUGUUGAAACAGUUGAGUGAGUCGCAGGGGAACCUUAUUGACGACGUCGGCCUCAUCCAGACACUGCAGGAGACGAAGGAUGCCUCCGCGGAAAUUGCAGAGAAGCUAGCGACUGCCCUUGAGACGAAGAAGCGUAUCGCCGGUGCAUGCGAGGAGUACCGUCCGGUGGCCACCCGCGGCGCUGUGCUGUAUUUCCUCGUCGUUGAAAUGUCCCUUGUGAGUAACAUGUACCAGACCUCGCUUAUGCAGUUUGACGGCAUCUUUGAUGGCUCUAUUCAACGUUCUGAGCAUCACCCGGUCACCACCAGGCGCAUUCAGUGCAUCAUUGAGUUUCUCACCAUGUCCGUCUUCAAGUACAUCGUCCGCAUGCUCUUCUCGAAGCACAAGCUGUUGUUUGUGCUGCUGAUGGCUUGCAAGAUUCAAAUGAAGGCGGGACACUUGGAACCCACGGCGUUUGACGUCUUUCUGAAGGGCGGUGGCGCGGUUCAGGUGGAUCGCUCCAAGCCGUUUCUCUGGAUCAAGGAUAAGGUGUGGGCGAGCGUGCUGGCCCUCUCCGAGCAGGUGCCGCGGUCCUUCAAGCAGCUUCCCGACCUCAUCAUGCGCAAUGAGCAGGCGUGGCGCCAGUUCAUUGAAUCUGACGCCAUUGAAAACCUGCCCGUCCCGGACAUCAACGAGAAGCUGGAUAGCUUCGACCACCUUCUCAUCGUGCGUGCCCUGCGCGAGGACCGCACGAUGCUUGCCGCCAACCAGUACGUUUCCCACACCCUUGGGAAGGAGUUUGCCGAGCCGCAGCAGCUCGAUCUUCACGACGUGGUGGAGGAGACAAACGGCCUGACGCCUAUCGUCUUUCUUUUAUCGCAGGGCUCGGACCCGACGACCCUCAUCGAGGCCGCGGCGAAGUCGCUGAAGAAGAAGAUAUUCCCCAUUUCCAUGGGCCAGGGGCAGGAGGAGGCGGCGAUGACCAUCGUGAGCAACGCCUGGGCCAACGGCGACUGGGCCAUGCUGCAGAACUGUCAUCUUGGCCUGCCGUUUCUGCUGCAGUUGGAGGAAAAAUUGCGACAACAGCUGCUGCCGGGCGGGAAAAAGGUGGAGAUCAACGAGGAGGCACGGCUAUGGGUGACGACGGAGCCGUACAAAUUAUUCCCGAUUGGGCUGCUGCAGAUGUCAAUCAAGUUAACCAAUGAGCCGCCGCAGGGGAUCAAGGCUGGCCUUGUGCGUACCUACUCCUGGCUCUCGCAGGACUACCUUGAGAUGUUCCGCCGACCCGAGUGGAAGCCGAUGCUCUUCACGCAGUGCUUCCUCCACUCCGUUGUGGUGGAGCGGCGCAAGUUUGGCCCCAUUGGUUUCAGUGUGCCGUACGAGUUUAACCAAGGUGACUGGACCGCCUCCGUGCAGUUUCUCAUCAACCACAUGACCACCAUUGGGGAGAGCCUCAAGAACCCAGUGAACCGCGACACCGUCUGCUACAUGGUGGCGGAUAUUCAGUACGGCGGGCGUAUCACCGACAACAACGACCGCGCGCUUUUCAAGGCCAUUACGGAGUUUCUCUACGACCUCCGCAUCACCAACCCCGACAAGGUGCGAGAUGCGAAGCCCGCGGCCGAAGUCAAGUUUGCCCCGGGCACGAAUGUCGCCAGCAACACCAUCUUCACGGGGGGUGAGCGCAUGGAGUUCUCGCCGGGCUACGCCAUUCCCCUUUUUGACGACAUCAACAAGCACCGUGAUUUUAUUCGCGAAACCUACCCGGAUGUGGACACGACCGAAGUGUUCCAGAUGCACUCCAAUGCGGACAUCACGUACCGCACCCGCCAGGCCCAAGAGGCGCUCACCACCAUCCUUGACAUCCAGCCGCGCGACGCCGUUGUGCAGGGCGGCCAGACCCGUGAGGAAAAGGUCCUGAGCAUGGCAGACGGUUUCCUGCGACAGCUACCGGAGCACUGGACGGUGGACCGCAAGCUUUACCUUUCCGAUCGCCAGCCGCUUUCCAUCUUCGCUGGGCAGGAAAUUGACCGACUGAGCAUCACCAUUCGCGUGAUCCGGCAGACGUGCAUUAACCUGAAGCUGGCUGUGGCCGGCACCAUCAUCCUCACGCCGGCGCUGCAGGAUGCGCUGGACUACCUCUACGCCGCGCGUGUCCCGCCGUCGUGGGUGGCGGUGGGUUGGCCGUCGCCAAACAUCUCUCUUUGGUUUGGCGAGGUGCUGCGCCGCUACGAGCAGCUUGACAGCUGGGCCCGCAACGGCCGGCCCCCGGUGUAUUGGCUGCCGGGCUUCUUCAACCCGCAGGGAUUCUUGACCUCCGUGCGGCAGGAAAUCACGCGUAGCCACGCGAACGAGGCGGUGCCGUGGGCCCUCGACAAGGUGGAGGCGCGGACGGAGGUGCGCUCCUCCGAGUUCCGCCCGAACCAGGAGCCGAAGGCGGAGGACCUCAAGACGGAGCGGGGCGAGGUUGUCAUCUACGGUCUGUACCUCGAGGGGGCCAUGUGGGACAAGUCCAACAAGCGCCUCAAGGACCCGCCGCCGGGCGACCUCUUCCGUGAGCUGCCCAUGCUGCUCAUCUCGGCCAUUAACCGCGACGCCCCGCCGCCGGUGGCGAACGCGCCCACAAAGCCGGGGCAACUCAAGGAGAGGCAGAAGAGGCAGGAGCACUACCGCUGCCCCGUCUACAAGUACCCGACGCGCUCCGACCUGCACUGGAUCUUCGACGUGAGCCUCCCUGUGGCGGAGGACGACGCCUAUUGGCGCAUGCGCGGUGUUGCGCUGCUGGGGUCCACUGACUAG